GGCAGCUGGAGUUUCAGAAUGUAGGUUGGCGUCAACACCAACGUCGGGCUUGUUGGGGCGGACGACCCGAUGGUGUGGUGGUAUGGCCCUUGCGCUGCGUGGAGUUGCUGUGCAUCCAUCAGUUGCAAGGAGAACGCGACGUCUAUCUACGAGCUGUCCGAGUUGAUCAGUGCGCGAGAAGGGACCGAUGGCCACCAGGUGUAUCGCGCCACGCACCGCGACACGGGCGAUGUCGUGGCACUAAAGGUCCUUCCUCGCUCGUUCCUCAUCGACUCCAAGCAGCGCAGACACAUGCGUCGAGAGAUCCAGGUCUUGACCAAGUUGAACCACCCCAACCUCGUGCGGCUGUAUGACGUGUACGAGUCGUCCAACACAGUAGAGAUCGCGUUUGAAUUGGCGCAAGGCGGGCAAGUACUUCGACGCGUCCUCGAGCCCCAUGCGUCCGUCUUUGUCCUGUCGGAAGCUGAGCUCAGCCGUGCCUUUGCAGACAUCGUCCAAGGAUUGAUGUAUCUCCAUGCUCUGGGGUGGAUUCACGGCGAUGUCCGCCCCGAACACAUUCUGUACAGUGAAAUCGACGGCUCGUCCAAGGCCAUGCUCGUGGAUUUUGGAUGUGCGGGCCCGCCAUCCAUAUUUGAACAAUCGCUGAAUCAACAAAGAUCCCGCGACCCACGAUUCCUUCCGCCGGCACUCCGCCAUAGUCACCCAAUGCUGCUGCCUUCGUUUCAACAUGCUGUCCAAGUAGAUUUGUGGGCUCUUGGUGUUUGUCUAUAUGUGAUGCUGUUUGCCCAAUUCCCAGACGUGGAGGCAUCGACGUUGUCGUUUCCACGAGAGUUUUGCCACGUCAGUCGGGCGGCCAAAGAUCUCGUUGGUCGACUUCUCAAUUCCGACCCAGACAAGGGGAUGUCAGCGGCCGACAUUGCCGAGCACCCUUGGCUACGGCAACCAUCGGUGGCGCCACGAGGACGGUGGAAUCCAUACAUUUUGGCGUUGCACGAGCAAUUUGUGACUACUUUUGGCCAACCUGAGAAUAGUGAUGGGGAUCUGCCGUGUCCAUCAUCGCGGAGGUUGCAUUCAUCUUCGUCGUCCGAUCCCCACAGCAGCGCCGACAUGCCGCGGCCGUCGUGGGUGUCCACGGAUGGCGUCCUCGUGCUCGACAGUGUGGCCAUGCACAGCGCCGAUGCAUUUAUACACCAAGCGGAUAUGGACAUGCUGGAUAACGUCCGGCAGUCGGAAGAUAUUCCGCUGACUUUGGACGAAGUGGAGGCAGUGAAAACCGAUCGAGGGUGGCGGGUAAUGUGCAAGGAACUAGGACUGAGUGCGCCGUCGUCGCAAUCAUCGAGUAGGACGCCGUACGGGUCGAUGCCGUCGCCAUAGUUAUAUAUAUAUAUAUAUAUAUAU